CUUCUUUAGGUCUCUCCUUGAGGCCUGAGAGAGGAUUCUGGGUCAGGCCUGUGAGCGCGAGGAGGAGCCUCCUUGGAGUUUUCCCCUUUCCCACGGCUAAUUGAGCGAGAAGACAGACAUCCCUGUGGAGCAGCAAGCUCAAACCAUCUCUGACCGUGGAGGAAAACCGUGAGCUCCUUGGUCAGUGCUUCAAAAGUUUAUUUCCCCUUCCUCCCUUGGAGAAGAUGAAAGAGGAAGACGGGACAGCAAAGGAUGCUCUGCAUAUACAACAGAAGAUGACAGAGCUGGAUAAGCGGAACUGCUGCCUUCAAGAAAUCAGACAGACGGAGGAGAAGUACACAGAUACACUAGAAUCCAUCUACCAGCACUUUAUGAAGCCCCUGCAGAGAUUUCUAAAGCCCGAGGACAUGAAGAACAUUUUCAUCAACAUCGAGGACCUCGUGAAGGUGCAUCGAUUCUUCUUGGAUGACCUGAAGAACGUCCUGUCCUUCAGCAAUGCCCAGAACCUCUACCAGGUCUUUAUCAAGUACAAGGAAAGGUUCCUGCUCUAUGGCAGAUACUGCAGUCAGGUGGAAGCCGCCAUCCGGUGUCUGGACCAAGUGGCUGGUUCCAGCAUGGACGUGAGGAUGAAGCUGGAGGAAUGCUCCCAGCGAGCCAACAAUGGGCGCUUCACCCUGCGUGACCUGCUGAUGGUGCCCAUGCAACGGGUGCUGAAAUACCAUCUGCUCCUGCAGGAGCUGGUGAAACAUACGGUGGAGCCGUCAGAAAAGGAGAACUUGCGGCUGGCGCUGGAUGCCAUGCGGGACCUGGCACAGUGCGUGAACGAGAUCAAGAGAGACAAUGAGACCCUGAAAUGGAUCACCAACUUCCAGCUCUCCAUAGAGAAACUGUCACAGUCCCUGGCUCAGUACGGGAGACCGAAGAUUGACGGGGAGCUAAAGGUCAUCAGCUCUGAGAAACGCUCCAAGAUGGACAGGUAUGCCUUCCUCCUGGACCAAGUUCUGCUCAUUUGCAAGCGGAAAGGGGACUCCUAUGAGAUGAGGGAUUUCAUCGACCUCCACACUUACCAGAUCCGGGACGACUCCUUGGGAGAAAAGGACAAUAAGAAGUGGACUUACAUGUUCCACUUGAUCUGUAAUUACGGGACCCAGGGCUACGAACUCUUCUUCAAGACACAAGAGCUGAAGAAGAAGUGGAUGGAACAGUUUGAAAUGUCCAUCUCCAAUAUCUACCCCGAAAACGCCAUGUCCAAUGGCCACGACUUCCACAUGCACUCCUUCGAGGAGACUGCGUCCUGCAAAUCCUGUCAGAUGCUGCUCAGGGUCACGUUCUACCAGGGCUAUCGCUGCAGCCGAUGCAAAGCCCCGGCUCACAAGGAGUGUCUGGGCCGGGUAUCCCCCUGCGGGAAGUUGAGCUCAGAUUAUGGGUCUACGCUGAAAAAGAAUAAAUCCAACCGACACACGCAGGAGAGAAAGAAGAACGACCUUGGGCUGCCCAAAAUGGAGGUCUGCCAGGAGUAUUACGGGCUGCCACCGCCACCUGUGGCAUUUGGCCCGUCGCUGCGACUCAGCAUGGGGGAGAUUGUGGAGCUGACCAAAGCCGAGGUGGAGCAGCUCUGGUGGGAGGGCAGAAACACAUCCACGAACGAGAUCGGCUGGUUCCCAUGCCAAAAAGUCAAACCGUAUGUGUGUAAUCCUCCCCCAGAUUUUUCUGCUUAUCUUUGGUACGCGGGACCUAUGGAGAGAGCAGAGGCGGAGCAAAUCCUCACGAACCGUUCAGACGGCACGUUCCUGGUGCAGCAGAGGGUCAAGGACGCGGCCGAGUUUGCCAUCAGCAUCAAGUUUAACGAAGAAAUCAAACACAUCAAGAUCCUGACGUCGGAGGGCCUGUACCGCAUCACGGAGAAGAAGGCGUUCAAAGGACUCAUA